GUCUCAUCUGUAACUAUGCAAGCCAAACAGCCCAAAACAUAUCCUGCAGUUAUCGACAAUACUGUGAUAACGAUUGAGAUAAGUACAAUCAAACGUCCCAGCAUCAGAUCUGGUAAACCCGUCAGAAUGUUUAAGUUUUUAUUUUGUUAUGUGCUUUUGACUGUGCUUAAAUGUGGACAAGCACAAGUGUUGCAGUUUGGGACGUGUCCAGAAGUGAAACCUGUGGAGUAUUUCGCUUUGGAGAAGUUCCUAGGAACAUGGUACGUAAUCGAGCGGUUCCCAGCCUGGUUUGAGAACGACGGGCACUGCGCGUACAAACGCAUCCAAGUCUGCGGCAGACGGAUCGAGAUUGAGCACGUGUAUGUCAGAGAUGACAUCCAGUAUGUACUUCACGUGAACAGCACUUACAACCCUGGAGACCAGGCUGUGUUUAGGAUUGAGAAGAAUAAUAUUGACCCAGUGGGAAUUCCCAUAUCAGUGGUAGCGACCGACUACACCAACUACGCCAUCCUGUACGGGUGUCAAGUGAACAAGCUCAUGAAUAUCAAGUAUACUCUUGCCUGGAUCCUCUCCCGACAAGCCAGCCUGCCUGCUGCGAUCAUGGAAGCUGCUAGAACUACCCUCAACGAUAUCCCGUACACCAGCCCUGGAUACUUGGAGAAGGUGUACCAUGACCCUUAUCAGUGCGCGAGUCAGUGGACAGCGCACGUGCAUGCUGUCAAUUUGACAGAUACUGACGAUUAUUAGGUUCAAUAAAUUAUAGUUUUUAUAAU